CCAAGAUCCUGGCAGGCCCGCCCAAGCGAGAAACACAAUCUGCCGACUGGUGCAGCCCAUCCAGUAAUAUCCGCUGUGAUGUGACCUGGCAGGCGGCAGUAUGAAACAUCACUUGUGCGUUUUAAUUGCUUCACCUUCUAUGUCGCCCGAAGGCUAUCCGGACUCCGGUGCUCAGAGCCCUCAACUGGGAGUGUCCAGAUUAGCUCGGCCUCUCAGGUGACGGGAUCCCUCCCAUAACUUCGCCACAGGUCAAACGCCUGACUUGCGCUCAUGACAAGUAUGGGCGACUUGUUCUGCAGAUAUGCCUGGGAUGCGUCCCACAGUCAGGCACUGCUAAAAGAACCUCCUUCCGCGCUGAGCUGAUCCCUCUUGCCAACGAAGUCCAUCACAACAUCACACUCUCAUGGAGGACAUUACACCCACAGCUGUCACUGUUGCUGGCCAACUAGCAGCACCCUUUUCGAGCGAGGGAAGCUUUCAAUAUGAUGAGAAGUUUGUACAAGCGACUGUUAGACGGCGGUCGACGCGUAAUCGCGGUGAAGUGCCAAAGCCUUGGCUUGAGGAGAAGAAGGGCAAGGCGGAGCGCUUGGCGCAAGCAUUACCUUUUGUUGGGCUCGGCAUUGGAAUUCUGAUCACGGCGUACUACGUCUAUGCUGGCUACGUUGCAGUGCCCACACACAAGUACUGCCUCGUCCUGCAUGACGACUUCAGCACAUUCAACACUGACGUGUGGUCUGCGGAUAAGCAGCUCAACGGCUACAGGAAUGGCGACUUUCAGUUCUACGAUGACACAAACGAGAAUGUCAGAGUGGAGAAUGGCCGCCUACUGAUCGUGCCUACACUCAACUUGGUUGACCAGACAGAGGGCGCUACGCUCAACAUUACAGAGCAAGGCUGUACCUCAAAGUUUACAGAAGAUUGUGUCGCGCAGUCCAAUUCGACACUAGACUCCAUCAUCAACCCCAUCAAGUCUGCUCGCAUUUCAACCAAGAAAUCCAUGUCCAUCAAGUACGGUCGCGUCGAAGUACGAGCGCGUAUGCCUACGGGAGACUGGCUAUGGCCAGCAAUCACGCUGGAGCCGGUCAAUAACGUUUACGGCGAGUUCCCGAAGUCAGGCGAAAUUAAGAUCAUGGAGUCCAUGGGCAACAAGCAGUUGACAGGCACCAAGAAGAUGCCCGCGAGCAAAGUCGGUUCGCGCAGACUGACAAGUGCUUUCCACUGGGGUCCUGCCAGUGACAACGAUCGUGUCGACAAGAGCAACGGAUUUGCGCUGGCCAACAAAGGAGCUUGGUCGGACGAAUACCACACUUUCGGUGUCGAGUGGAGCGAGAAGUACAUCUACACUUACGUCGAUUCUCGACUUGCACAGGUCGUUUACCGACCGACGACCGAAACAUUUUGGGAUGUUGGCGGCUUUGAGGGCCAGAAUGUUAUAAACCCUUGGCUUGGUGCCGGUGUCAAUGCUCCCUUCGACCAGUCCUUCUACUUGUCUAUCAAUGUCGCUGUUGGUAGUCAGGGUGCUGGCAAGCAGGGUGGAUACUUCCCUGUUGCUGCAAACAAGCCAUGGCAAGACACACAGAACCGCACAUCUUCCAUCAAGUCCUUCUGGGAGCACAGAGACUCCUGGCAGCCAACAUGGCCAGUUGAUGAGGAGAAGCGUGGCAUGUCUGUUGAGUCCGUGAAAAUGUGGCAGCAAUGCGAUUGAUUAUGACGAGGGUAUAUGUAUUUGUAGCGUUGCGUAUAGAUAAAGCACUCGCCAG